CUGUGAAAAAGCUGAAAAUUUGCAAAAAUGGCGGAGAGGAAGCAAGUGAACCGGUACUAUCCGCCGGACUUCGAUCCGGCCAAGCACAAGAGCAUCAACAAGUACCGCAACUCUCACCCGCUGAGAGAGAGGGCCAAGAAACUGAGCCAGGGCAUCUUGGUGAUCCGCUUUGAGAUGCCCUACAACAUCUGGUGUGGGGGAUGCGGAAAUCAUGUCGGCAUGGGUGUGAGAUACAACGCAGAGAAGAAGAAGGUGGGAAAGUAUUACACCACUCCCAUCUUCGAGUUCAAGAUGAAGUGUCACCUUUGUGAUAACUACAUCGUCAUGGAAACCGACCCCAAGAACUUUGACUACACCAUCACUAGCGGGGCUCAGCGCAAGAACCAGAAAUGGGACAUGGCUGAGAAUGAACAGGUCCUGACCGAGGACAGGGAAGCUGUGAAGAAGUUAUCUCGAGAUGCUAUGUAUAAGUUAGAGCAUGGCGUCGAUGAUACAAAGAAGCUAAAGAAGGCCGCUCCAUCUCUCGGGAAGAUUGCCGAGAUCCAGUCAGCCAAGAAAGACGACUACGCCCAGAGCCAGGCUCUCAGGAAGAAAUUUAGGGUGGAGAAGAAAGAGCUCUUGGCUGUGGCGGCCAGUGACAAUGCUCUCCUGUCAAAGUCAUCGUUGGAGAUUGAUCUUGUACCAGAGUCUGAGGAGGACAAGAAAUUAGCUUCUCUUCUCAAAUUCUCAGUUCCAGGAUCUUACGAGGAAAAGAGGGAACAAAAGCGUGAGUCGAUCCAGAACAGAAACAUAUUUGCCCCAUCCACUGUGAGCUCCCCCAACAGCAUUGAAAUUUCUCCUCGUUCUUCCUCGUCCCAUUCAUCACCAUCCUCCUCCUCCUCGAGCAAGAAAUCUUCUGGAGCACAGCAAACACUUAUCAACAAGGUCAUUAAGAUGGCAUCGGUCUUUGGGUCGUCAGGGUCCAAGAGAAACAGCAGCAGGAGCAGCAGUGGCCUGAAGGCUUCAGCCAAGGAGUGGUUUGGGAGAACAACAAAAUCCUUGAUAUGUGGGACUACAGGAAGCAUUGUGAAAAGAAAACGUAAACGCAGCGAGGAUGACACCUCUGCUGUUAGUCAUGAAUUACACAAGAGGUCCAAGUUGUCUGGUAAUAGGUCCGGGAAUGCAGACGGUGGAUGUGGUCCGUCGGCUUCAGAAGGGAGCGUCGCAAGAGAGGAAUCUGUCUUUCGCGGCAAGGAGAGCAGAGAUGCAAAGUUUGAUGAAUUAGAAGUAGAUGAUACUGAAGGUAUACAAAGGGUGCGGGAUGAAACGGUAGAAGAGACGAAAGCAGAAUAUGAAUCACCAGAGGGAACGUCUUCCACACCGUCAACACAGCAGAGCCUGGAAGAUGGAAGUAUGGAGGCACUCCAGUAUCCAUCAAGUAGCACCUCAAGCUCACCAUCAUGCUGUGUUCAAACCUCAGAAAGAACUACAGAGAAACUGAACGUUUGUACCAGAAAAUUCUCAACAUCAAACAUGAACGCAUCCUCACCGAGCCACACGCAAAGUACACAUAGCAUCAGAGAGAACCCUCGCUGCACUGCAAAUGUACAGAGUAAUUCUAAUGGAACUGACAAUCUUGGGCCUUGUUCACACAACCAGAUAAGAACCUCUGAACCGAUAGAGACGAGCGCAGUACCGAAGAUUUCUACAUGUGAACGCGGGUCACCCAGUUUGAAUGUUGUAUUAAGCGAGGGAGAAGUUUCAAGAACGGAUAGUCUCUAUCAAAGCUCACUCUCGUUGGUUUCAUGCUAUUCGUCUAGUAGUGGUAGUGAGGAUGAGCAAUAAUGCUUUUGAUACAUGUACAUGUAUGUACUAAAGGUGAAUUGCCAUUUGGUCUACAACCAUUUCGUCUACUACCCAAUUAGUCUAUUCCCUACUUAUGACAUAAGUCUGCUGUCCACAAUGUCUAAUAAUCAUUUUGU